AUGCGUUUCAUUCCAUCCUUUCCCCUCUUCUUCUCCCUUCCCCUCACCGCCCUCCCUCUUCUUCCCCUCACCGCCCUCCCUCUUCUUCCCCUCACCGCCCUCCCUCUUCUUCCCCUCACCGCCCUCCCUCUUCUUCCCCUCACCGCCCUCCCUCUUCUUCCCCUCACCGCCCUCCCUCUUCUUCCCCUCACCGCCCUCCCUCUUCUUCCCCUCACCGCCCUCCCUCUUCUUCCCCUCACCGCCCUCCCUCUUCUUCCCCUCACCGCCCUCCUCUUCUUCCCCUCACCGCCCUCCCUCUUCUUCCCCUCACCGCCCUCCCUCUUCUUCCCCACUCCCUUGCACGCUCCCCUCGAGUUUGGCCCUCCGUCCCUCCCCACCUCCCUCCCUGUGAUCUCUCACCCUCCCUCUCACCCUCCCUCUCACCCUCCCUCUCACCCUCCCUCUCACCCUCCCUCUCACCCUCCCUCUCACCCUCCCUCUCGCCCUCCCUCGCACCUUCCUUCCUGCUCCAUAUCUCCCCCCUCCAGUCUGGACGAUGCAUUGGACUCAGUACCCAUUCAGGCAUUUCUCAAGAACCUCCAUCCAGCCAUGCGGGAGAGAGCACAGGCCAUCAUGGGCGUGCCUUGGGACCCCAACUCUCGCCCCAACGUUUUCGACGAUGCAUUAGACUCAGUGGGCAUCCAAACCUUCCUCAAGAACCUCCAUCCCGCCAUGCGGGAGAGACCCCAGGCCAUCAUGGGCGUGCCCUGGGACCCCAACUCGCGCUGCAAUCCCAGUCCCCCUUUGGUUCUUUCCUCCCUCGCUCCUUCCCUCUCCAGUUUCGAUGAUGCGUUGGAUUCAGUGGGAAUUCAAACCUUCCUGAAGAACGUCCACCCAUCCAUGCGGGAGAGAGCACAGGCCAUCAUGAGCGUUUGUUGGGACCCCAACUCCCGCCCCAACCUCUUUGGGGAGAUGCGCUCACCCUUCCUUCCCCCGCGUUCUCCCCUCACUCCCACCAGUUUUGAUGAUGCACUGGACUCAGUGGGCAUUCAAACCUUCCUCAAGAACCUCCAUCCGGCGAUGCGGGAGAGAGCACAGGCCAUAAUGGGCGUGCCGUGGGACCCCAAUUCGCGCCCCAAUCUGUUUGGGGAGAUUGCGCGCGUGCUGCUGCUGCCCACGCCAGCAGUAGCGGAGGCAGUGAGAUGGGCGCUGGGGAGCGGAGGGAGGGACGCUGAUGUGGUCAUUCACUUUCGGCACGGCGGGAGGGACGCAGAUGCGCUCAUUCACUUCUGCGCGGCGGGUGAGUGGCUUGGAUUCGCUUGCUACAUUGGUGCCAAGGUUGGGGUUGCCGUCGGCGGAUGCAGUGAGGUGGGCGCUGGGCAGUGGAGGGAUGCCGACGUGGUAAUUCAUUACCGCCACGGCGGCUUCAUUCCUCUCCCCCCUCUUCCUGCAGGCUGGAAUCCGUGGCUUCUGCGGCGGCUCUGGCCAGCAGGAACAGGAGGAGGUGAAGCAGUUGCAGCGAUGAGACCAACAGGUGUUGGUGCAGGCAGCAUGGGGAGUAGGUUGCUGGCGUGGGGGAAGGGGAGAAUUCGGUGGGGCGGAGGCAGACGAUUGCUGGAGACAGAGGGUAGAGGAGAGGGUGGUGGAGAGAUAGAGAUGGGUGGAGAAGGGGAGGAGGUGGGUAGAGAAAGGGGUGGAGGACGGGAGGAGGAGGGCAGAGGAGGAGAGGGGAUGGGUGGAGGGGAAGAGGAAGGUCAGUUGGAGCGUGCGAGUGUGCGUCGUGACUCGGUGGUGGUGCUGCAGAAGCAGAAAGGGGGAGGAGGGAAGGGCAAGGGCAAGACAACGACUUUUGAGGCGCCUCAAAAUCUGGAGCGUGCGAGUGCGCGUCGUGCGAGUGUUUUUGAUGCGGUGGUGGUGCAGAAGCAGAAAGGGGGAGGAGGGAAGGGCAAGGGCAAGACAACCAAGGGAAAGACGAAGAAGGGAAAAACGAAAGUAGGAAAGACGAAAACGGGGAAGACAAAGAAGGGAAAGCCGGGGAAGGCGAAAUCGGGGAAGGCAAAGACGGGGAAGAGGGUGAAGUGGACUCAAGGACAGAAGAAGGCGGCUGGGGAUGAGGAUGAGAAAGGAGGGAGCGAGAACAAGACAGCAGGGAGCAAGAAAGCGGCGAGCGAUAAGGACAAGCUGAGGGUGGUGGUGGUGGCGGAUCAUCCAAGCGUGUUCCGCAAGAUAGGUGCACUGACGUCCGACUUUGCAAAGGUGGGUCUACUGUGCCGCUCUUUGCAAAGCCGCUUGCACCUGUGCGGCGCCUGUUUGAACCUCGUGUUCCACCACCUCUUCGUCCUCUCUCGUUACCUCGUCGUCCGCGGCGGCUGCCGCGUCCUACGCGGAUUCCACGCGUUGCUCUUCCAACAGCAGCUCCCUCGCGCCCUGUCUGCGGCGCCGCGACCGUCUCGUUUUCGCUUCGUCGGCGCGCUGGCGUCGGCUGCGGUACGAUCGGGGGUGAUGGACCCAUCCGCGAGACGGGAUCCGGAGCUGGAGGGUUCCGCGGAGAGCGCGCUGCCGCAGCCUGCGCCUGCCGGGCCUCGUCCGCGUCUCCUUGCGCAUCCCUCCGCAAGCGAGCCCGUUCGCCGCUUCGAGCGGGUGCAAACACUUCCCCAUCGGCCUGCCGCGCGCCUCACCUCGCCGGAGUAUUCGUGGGCGCCUGCACGUGUUGCGUCGAACCGCCCGGACGGUCAGCCGCGGCAUGAGCGCGGGUGCUCGCCUCCGCGUCAGCCUCCUCGGCCGCCCUCUCCUCGCCGCCCUUCUCCUGAGCAUCGCGAGCACUAUCAGCGCGGGGAGGGGGGUCAGCGUUCCCCUGCACGUCCUCGCUCUCCUCGCCGCCCAUCCCCUCGUGGUCAGGCAGGCCAGCGCUCACCCCGAGCGCGAUCCCCCGCGCAACGCUCUCCGCGGCGAUCUCCGGCGACACGGGGGAGGGGGUCGCCUGGGCGUCGCUGGGAUUCGGGUCGCCGCGAGCAGUCCCCCCCGCGUCCACAUUCGGCUGGUUCCGGGGGACGGCGGGGCUGGCGGAAAGGCGGAGGGCGAGGCGGGAAUGGCAACCAGCCGGAUCCUGCCCUCGAUCGCGCUGCGGACACGUUCGUGGAGGUGGUGAGGCAGGCCCGGGCGAGUGGGGCGCCGACUCACGUCCACAUUGAGGUGACCAACGGUCCCCCCUUCGCCGCGGACCCCGGCCAGGUUGCUCCUCUGCGCGCGCCGACGCUGCGCGAAUAUCAGCCCGCGCGUGGGGGAAGGGCUCAGUUCCGCACCCCCCAUCAGGUUCCCGGCUUCUCUGCGCCGCGCUUAUCUGUUGGCCGGACUCCAGGCUGGCCGGCGGCGUUUCCGCGCGAAGCGCUGACUGCACCUCCCCCCACUCGCGCGGGGAGAGACCCCAUGCUGACGAUGUGCCGGAUUUUGAAUCUGGCGGAGGCGUGCGAGGUGGUGGCGAACUUGCAGCUGGCGGUGUGUGGGGCCACGCGGAGCUUUCCGAGCAGUUUCGGUCCAGGGUCCCGAGGAUCCUGCUUGACUUUGGCAGAAUCGCUCGAGUCGCCGUUGGCACCCGUGUCGGAUGCGCCCGCCGGGGUAGCUCCCUUAGCCCGUACUUUCCCCCGCCACGUGGGGGAUCUUGUAGGGGCUGCUCAAGCCGGGACCCCCUUGGACACGCUCCAGUCGUCGGCGCAUCUCCUUCUUGCAGUAUCGGCGUGCAAGCGCUCGAUGCUUGAGGUGGAGGGGGCGGAGCCGUACACGAUAUCAUUCAUCAUUCGUUUUGACCAUGCUAAGUUCGUGCGCCGACACCCGGAAAGCCCUCUUGCCUCUGCAAAGAACAAAUCACUCCCAUCCUUCCGAGUGCGAGACUGGGGCCCCCUGCCCCGCUGGGUGGCAUUGGUCGACUUCUUCCUUGCCGCCCGGGCGCGCUACGCCUUCAUUUCUGCAGGGCGAUCAAGGGUCUUCACCACCUUCUCUCAGCUCGCUGCCUCUCUCGCCGCUGCCAGGAGCCUAGAGGACACCCCCUCCCCUCAAGCAUCGCGCUUCCUCCUGCUAAGCGCCUUCCACUCGCACCUACUGGAAAACGGUUUAGCCAACCAGGGGGGUCGCGGCCACGCCUGGCACACCUUCUCUGGCCGCCUCUCCUGCCCCGCCCAGCCCCCCCAGUGCGCCCUCUCCCCCGCCCUGCCCUAUGCCUGGUGGGACGCGCCCUGGCAGUCCCCUGCGCGGGGGGAAGGGGGGAAGCUGAGGCGGUUGGGGCUGCAGGUGGGGGAAAGGGGGGAGGUGGGGGAGGAGGCUGUGGAGAGGUUUUGUGAGAGGCGGAAGGGGGUGGCUGUGAGAGUGAAGCUAGAGAUGGGGUUGAUAGGGGGAGGAGAGGAGGGAAAGGGGGAGAAAAAAGGGAGGGGGGAGGGUGAGAAGGGGAAGGGAGAAAAGGGGAAGGGGAAGAAGGGGGAGAAAGGGACGAAGAAGGCAAUUCAGAGAUGA